CAGAGGCAGGCAGAUUCCUGUGGGUUCUUGGCUGCAUAGGAACAACCAGGGCUCACAAACAAACAAAAAUACACAAGGAAAGGGGUUCAGGGGUCUGACAGUAGGAACAGAAGUCAGGCCCCAUCAUCUGAGGGUGUGGGGAGGAUGUCUGGGACCCCCAGAAUGAACUCUGGCGUCAUCCCAGUUGCCACCAGGGCCCGAGGCCAGCCCUCCCCAUUCGCCUAUCUUCCCUAUAAAUAGCUUGGGUUACUUCAGGAAGCUUUGAACUUUCUGACUAGAGCCGCUUCCUCAGGCGGCCCUCGGAGUGCAGCUGGUGGUGACCCUGUUCGCUGCCACCCUCAUGCACAGGCUGGCUCCACAUGGCUCCUUUGCCCGCUGGCUGCUCUGUAAUGGCAGUCUGUUCCGCUACAUACACCCGUCAGAGGAGGAACUGCGGGUGCUGGCAGGGAAACCAAGGCACAGAGGCAGGAAGGACCGGUGGGCAAAUGGCCUUCAUGACGAGAAGCCAUUGUCAGUGCCUCGAGACGCCCCUUUCCAGCUGCAGACCUGUCCCCUCACUGCUGCGGAUGCCCUAGUCCUGCGCUUCUUUCUGGAAUACCAGUGGUUCGUGGACUUCGCGGUGUACUCCGUCGGUGUGUUCCUCUUCACGGAGGUCUACUAUUUUGUGCUGGGCCCAGUCCAGGAGACCAACAUUGCCGUGUUCUGGUGCCUGCUCACACUGGCUUUUUGUCUCAAGGUGUUCCUCAUGGUGACCCGACUGUACUUCAGUGCCAGAGAGGGCGGCGAGCGCGCAGUAUGCCUCACCUCCGCCCUCCUCUUCCUGCUCUUAGCCAUGCUAGUGCAGGUGGUGCGGGAGGAGCUCCUGGAGCUGGGUCUGGAGCCAGGUCUGGCCAGCGUGACCCAGAACCUGGAACCUGUCCUGAAGAAACAGGAUUGGGACUGGGCACUCCCGGUGAUCAAGCUGGUCAUCUGCCUUGGGCUGGCGAUGCUGGGCUCCUUGCUGGGCGCCUUCCUCAUUUUCCCGGGCCUGAGGCUGGCGCAGACGCACCAGGACGCACUGACCUUGUCUGCAGACCGGCCACUGUUGCAGCUGCUCCUGCACACAAGCUUCCUGUCGCCCCUGUGCACCCUGUGGCUCUGGACAAAGCCUAUCGCUCGUGACUUCUUCUACCAGGCACCCAUGAGGAACAUGACCUCUUCUCUGCCGUCAGAAGGGGCCUUCGAUUCCCUGCGUCUCUGGGUGCUGGUGGCAUUGUGCCUGCUGCGGCUAGCCGUGACCCGGCCACACCUGCAGGCCUACCUCUGCCUGGCCAAGACUCGAGUGGAGCAGCUGCGCAAGGAGGCUGGCCGCAUUGAGGCCCGUGAGAUUCAGCAGCGGGUGGUCCGGGUCUACUGUUACGUGACCGUGGUGAGCCUGCAGUACCUGACUCCGCUCAUCCUUACUCUGCACUGCACCCUGCUGCUCAAGACCUUGGGCGGCUACUCUUGGACCCUGGGCCCUGUUCCAACCCCACUGACCCCACGCCAGUCUUCAGACAUUUUGAUCUCUGUGAACCCAGCGGAGGAUGAAGCCCAGCAGACCGCGGCCCAAGUCGCAGGGGUCCUGGGUGGCCUGCUUACGCCCCUCUUACUCCGUGGUGUGCUGGCCUACCUCAUCUGGUGGACUGCUGCCUGCCAGCUGCUCUCCAGCCUCUUCGGCCUCUAUUUCCACCAGCACCUGGCAGUUUCCUAGCGUGAUGCCACUAGGCACUGGCUUGGAACUGUCCAUCCCCUGUGUGUGCACCUCAGUGCCCCUAGAUGACCUAGGGGUAAGGGUAGAAACUCACCACCAUCUCUCACCUCAGUGCCUAGAUCAUGGACCCCUUGAAUCAGGUUCCCUGGACCUGGAGGCCAUGGUCUUCAAGUGUGUUUGUGUGUGUGUGUGUGUGUGCACGCUAGAGUGCAGGCCUGCAUGUGUGUAUAGGAUGUCGGGGAGGCUGCUCUCAAUAAAAGGGGUGGGCCACUUUUACAGAAAUAUGCCAGAGGCUAGGGAGAUAAGCAGGGGAGACCUGGGUGGUGAGAAGGGCUUAGGAGAGUGGUACUAGGCAGGAGUGGAAAAACGGAGGAGGUUAGAGAUUGCCAGAAAGCUAGGGGUGGAGCUCAGGCCCAGCAUCCACGUGUCCCUGGGGUCUAUUACUAGGAGAGAAUGAGACAAAGUCACCAUGCCCAUCUCCCAGCACACUGGGGAGGCUGAGGCAGGGGGAUUAGUUUAGACUAGUAACAAGAUCAUGUCCCCAAAACAAGAAAACAAGGGGGAGAGGAAAGUCAGAACUGUCACCAGCCUUGGAUGCUGUGAGGUGACUGCUGACUGAGGGUCACCACCAACUCCAGCGCUGUCCCGGUCCUGUGACUGUAUGUGUUCAUGAGACAUGCAUGUGCUGUGUGGCCCUCCUACAUAUGGAAAUGUAUAUUGAGAAUAAAAAUGGAGGCCUCCUGUAGUGCGGCCUAGUAACACU